AUGUUAGUUUACAAGGAACCAGAAGAGGAGAUUUUGCAUAAAAUUAUAGGCUAUGGCACCCUAAUAAUUGCAGUAUUCUAUUUUUUCAAAUUUAUUAAAUAUAUAUCGAAGAGUCGUAAUUCUGAAGUCUCAAGUGUUAACUCCCGAGCUCGUGUACGCAGUUCACAUCGUUCACCGGUGAGAAAUAUUUUAAAUGAUGAAAAGAAAGGCAGAAAACGGCAGCGAAGAAAACGUCAGCACAGAUAUGCUACAGAACAAUGGCUUCCAAGAAAUGAUCCCCCAUAUGACGUGGAAGAUUAUGAAUAA